GAAAUGGUUAGGAAAGAAAUUUAAACAAAUUAUUUUCUUCUUGAUAAAACAUCUCGUGUUAACGCUCCCUUUUCUUCGGAGCUGCUCCUUAUUAGGUGCUGCACUAUCGUUGCGCUAUGGAGCUCUCGUUAUUCAAGCAAGGGGCUGAAGCAAAAUUGGAGAAGUGUUUAUUCUAUGGGAAACCUUGCUUAGUGAAGAAGCGUUUUAAUAAGAAGUACAGACAUGAAGUUUUGGACCGAAUGUUGACAACACAGCGAAUAAAAAGCGAAGUGCGUGCGAUGAUCAGGUGUCGAACCUAUGGUAUUCACACUCCAACGAUCUACAUGGUUGAUAUGGAAUCCAGCUGUAUCUAUAUGGAAUACUUUAAAAAUGCAGUCACAGUCCGUGAGUUUGUUAAUAACUGUCGGUCACAGCAGGAAGGUAGCGAGCAUCUUCUUGCCAUUGCAGAAAUGAUUGGCCAGGUUAUUGGUAUUGCUCACAAGCAUAACAUUGUUCAUGGGGAUCUCACCACAUCCAACAUGCUUUUGACACCACAACGUGAUAACACAGGCAAUUCAGAUCAAUCCCUUCAUUUAACCAACACUGAGGUGCUGGAGAUGGAUCCUUCAAACCUAGACCUGAUACUUAUAGAUUUUGGACUAAGUCUAAUGGAAGCAACGCCUGAAGACAAAGGAGUGGACCUUUAUGUGCUAGAGCGUGCAUUACUUAGCACUCAUCCCAAUACAGACUUUGUCUUCAGUGCUAUCCUUGCAUCUUACCAUGACCACAAUCCUCUUGGAGCAUCAGAAGUAAUCAAGAAGUUUGAGGAAGUCAGGCUUCGUGGACGAAAAAGAACAAUGGUUGGAUAAUUGGGUCAUUUAGUAAAUUUUUGAUGUUUUGUUGCUGUCAGCUUUCUUUCAUUAAAAUUAUUAUAAUAAAGGAUACUACUCUACAGUGCCUGCAAGUGUUCAAGUACAUUUUAUAUGCUUGCACAAAGUUUUGUACAUUCAUGACAAUUGGAGCUAAAAGAUUUGCUGAUCAAGGGUAUUUUUUAGGUCACAACAUGAUGAGAGUGAUGUCCUUUCACCAAACUGGCUCGAGGGUGACUCACUUUUCGUAUGUCAGCUGAUUUGCAUGAAGUUUUCUGUUUAAUGUUCAUCAGUACAUCUGUUUUUAUGUUA